CCUCCUUCCUGCACUAAUUUCUCUGUUUAUUGUCCAUCCAUGAAUCUCAGAUUUCUCAGGUUCAUUUUACUCUUAAGUUGUGUAUACGAGACCUCCAUAACAUUUGUGGCUCCAUUCUCAAACAAUGUCACUGAUCACCAAGCUUUGCUUUUUCUCAAGGCUUCAAUAACAAAUGACCCCUCAGACUCGCUGAGCUCGUGGAACAACUCCAUGCACUUCUGUCAGUGGACAGGAGUUUCAUGCGACCACAGACGGCAGAGGGUAAUAUUACUUAAUCUCUACAAUACACAACUGGUGGGCACAUUAUCUCCUCAUAUUGGGAAUCUCUCCUUUCUUAGGCGAAUUAACCUCUAUCAAAACAACUUUCAUGGCUCAAUUCCAAAUGAAAUUGGCCGACUGUUUCGUUUACAUUAUCUUGAAUUGGCAUACAAUCAUUUUCAAGGUAAAUUUCCUUCCAAUCUGAGUCAUUGUGUAGAUAUCAGAAUGAUCAGUAUGUAUGAUAAUGAUCUUGAAGGAAAACUACCUACUGAGUUUGUUUCUUGGUCUGAACUACAUCUGCUUGAACUUGGACAUAAUCAUUUCACUGGCUCAAUUCCACCUUCAAUAGGAAAUAUAUCAUCUUUUCGCUAUCUUGAUCUAGCGUCUAAUUAUCUGGUGGGAGGCAUACCCUUGGAAAUUGCUCAUCACACAAAAUUCGAGAAUCUUGUUUUGGGAAGGAAUAAUUUGCAGGGUGAUUUCCUCAACAAAUUUACAACAUUUCAUCCCUCUAUAUCGUUUCUUUUACUGAUAAUGGGCUGCAAGGUAUGCUUCCGGUGGAUCUGGGCUUCACCCUUCCAAAGCUUCAAGAAUUCUAUGCAGGUGGGAACAGAUUAUCUGGCCCCCUACCAGCAUCAAUAACUAAUGCGUCCAAUCUUGUUCGCUUUGACAUAAGCAGUAACAAAAUUUCUGGCCCUGUUCCAAUGGAAUUGGGAAGCCUUGCUUAUCUUCAGGUGUUAAAUAUGGAAAACAAUCGACUUGGAGGUAAUCAAUGGCACAAUGACUUGAACUUCUUCAAUUCUUUGGUCAACUGUACCCAUUUAAGUAUGUUGCUUUUAUCUACGAAUGCUUUAAGAGGGCAGCUCCCAAUUUCCAUUGUAAACCUCUCCACCACUCUUCAACAUUUGGAUCUGUCUGGCAACCACAUAUGCAGAACUAUACCCCGUGAAAUUGGAGGCCUUGUGAACUUGAUGGAACUUUCACUUUUUGACAACAUCUUAACAGGGACUAUUCCGGAGUCAAUUGGAGAGCUAUCAAAGUUAGGCAAACUUGCUCUGAGCGAAAAAAACAUUUCAGGAGUAAUUCCAACUUCCAUUAGUAACAUCACUCAAUUAGGUGAACUCUAUUUGGAUAUGAAUAUGCUUCAAGGAAGAAUACCUACUGAUUUGUUUAACAUUCGAGCUUUACAGAAACUGUCCCUUGCGAUCAAUAAACUUGGAGGUGUAAUACCUGAACACAUUGUGAAUUGUUCCCAAUGUGUUUUCGUAUAUUUGGCCCAGAAUCUAUUCACAGGACCAUUACCUUCAAUCAUUGGAAGUCUGAAAAUUUUGAUUCAACUAGAUCUUUCAUACAACAAACUUACGGGUGAUAUACCAGCUAGUUUGGGUGAUUGUGUUAUGCUGGAGGAAUUAGAUAUGAAUGCAAACCUUCUUCAAGGUACAAUUCCAUCUUCGUUUAAAGAUUUAAAAAGUCUUGCAAAUCUAGAUUUGUCAAACAAUAGUAUCUCUGGAAGUAUUCCAAGAUUUUUUGAAGGGUUUCAUCUGCUUAUUUUUUUAAAUCUGUCACACAAAAAGCUUGGAGGUGAAUUGCCGGAAAGAGGUCUCUUUUCAAACAUUAGUGCUUUUUCGGUCAGUGGAAAUUUGGAGCUCUGUGGAGGAAUUCAAGCAUUGCAUUUGCCUGCUUGUCCUGUAAAAGCCUCCAGGAAUAAGAGAAAAACAUUUAGCCCGAGAAUAAUUCUAAUCCUAGUUCUUGUACCCCUUGGUAUCUUGUCAGCUUGUCUUGCCUUGUUUUAUUAUCGACGUCAAAACUCCAAGAAGUUUAAUGACCCUGUCCCAGUACUAAAGGACACCAAAUAUCUCAAAGUUUCUUACCAAGACCUUCAACUAGCUACAAAUGAGUUUUCUCCUAACAAUUUGCUCGGUGAAGGAAGAUACGGUUCAGUUUACAAAGGAGUUCUGGAAUCAGUGGACCACAUUGUUGCUGUGAAGGUUCUAAACUUUGAGGUACGUGGAGCGAACAAGAGUUUUUUGGCAGAGUGUGAAACUUUGAAGAAUAUUCGUCAUCGGAAUCUUAUCAAGAUCAUCACAGCAUGCUCUAGCACUGAUUUUAAGGGCAAUGAUUUCAAGGCAUUGGUUUUUGAGUUCAUGACAAAUGGAAGCCUAGACAGCUGGCUGCACCCAAGUACUUCCUACCAAGGUUAUGAAAGGAACUUGUCGCUACUUCAAAGAUUAAAUAUUUCCAUAGAUGUUGCACUGGGAGUAGAUUAUCUACAUCAUCACACCCAUGCAAGUAUCAUUCAUUGCGGCCUAAAGCCAAGUAAUAUUCUUCUUAAUGAGGAUUUUGUUGCUCGUAUCGGUGACUUUGGUUUGGCGAAGUUCUGUUUUGCUGCUGCUACUACAAGUGACGUCAAUCAAUCACAAAUGAGUUCAACUGGUGUACGUGGAACAGUUGGAUAUGUCCCUCCAGAGUAUGGAAUGUUUGGGGAGAUAUCUGCAGAGGGAGAUGUGUAUAGCUUUGGAAUCCUCCUACUAGAAAUGUUUUCAGGGAAGCGGCCUACAGAUAGCAGCAUAAUAACAGACAAUGCCAAUGAUCUUCAUGACUUUGUAAGAAAGGCACUCCCUCAAACAGUGAUGGAUAUUGUUGAUCCACGGAUUAUACUCGAUCAAGAAGAACAUGGCAUGACUAUAAAUCCAUCAUACAGCAGGGCUGUCGUAGAGGUUUGCCUGGCAUCGGUUUUUGAAGUGGGGAUAUUAUGUUCAGAAGUGACACCAGGAAAACGAAUUGACAUCAGUGUUGCUAUUAAGCGGUUACAUUUGGCAAGAGACAAACUUCUGCAGCGCAGACAGUAACAUGGGUGAGAGUAAAAAUAGGCUUUCUGAUAUUUACUCUCUUAAAGUGACAAGGAAGAGUUUGUACUUGCACAUUUCCCUUUUUUAUCUUUUUAUAUUUGUAUGUUUGUAUGUUUGGAUAAGUACAUAUAGAACCAUCAGGUUCCCUGGUUAUUUUGUGGUGCAAUACUGUACUUAUAUAUUAAAAUUUGUAAGUUAUAUAUUUGUACAUAUUCGUGCAACUGUUAAACUCUCUAUACUUCACUAUACGCAUGUUUAGAUCAACAGAAACCACCAACCCAAGUUUUCAUUGCUACCCUGUUUGCUGGAUAUCCUGGUGAAAGCGGAUUUGAUGCACAUUUUGUACUUUAGCCUUAGGUAACGCAAGCACCACCAAUCUAAAAGAGUACAGCUCACAAAUUUUUAGCCAUGCUAGCGAGAGAUCCUUAUGUUGUCGCUUAAGAGAAGAGUUAUCCUGCUAUCUUAUGAAGUAAAUUGUAGUGUUUAAGUACUAAUAAUACCUUAUAAUUACUCAGGUAGCAUGGCCUAAUUAGUAAGGACCUUGUAGCUUGUAGGCU